UUAUAAAGAGUCCCCCACGUUCAUUAUCAGCAUUCUUACACGGUCAUAGUGAAGGCACUAGGACGGCCUAGCCUUCCUCUGUUCAAGAAAUCGUCGUAGCGUGGGGGUUUCAGGGUUAGGAUUAUCCACCUUUGUUCUCGUCCCUGCUGGCCGGGGUACGAGUAGGGAGCUGGUCUCACCUGUCAGAUGCUGGCAACCUACUGGCCCUUGCAUUGCCCAAUUAAACGUUACACUGAGAGGAGCCGAGCAGGAUGCAGAUGGUGGAGCGAUACAGCGCAGACGCAGGGCACGAGGAGGACGGCGGAGUGCCGGGGGGAUACGUGAAGGAGUUCACGCGCCACUCCAGCGAUGUCCUGCGGAACCUGAACGAGCUGAGGCGUCGUGACAUCCUGACCGAUGCCACUCUGGUGGUGGGCACUGCCAGCCUGCAGGCACACUGUGCUGUGCUCAUUGCUUGCAGUGGAUAUUUUUACUCUUUGUUCUCACGGCUUACUCUCGGGGCAAGAGAGCGGUCGGUCUCUCUGUCCCUCCCGGAGUCGCUGGAUGCAGGCAGCGUGUCCCUGCUGCUGGACUUCAUGUACACCUCUCGUCUGCCCCUGUCCGCCCGUACUGUCCCUGGAGUGCUCGCUGCUGCCACCUACAUGCAGAUGGAGCACGUGGUGGACACCUGCCGUGCUUUCAUGCUGAAGAGUGAGGAAAUAACAGGCACCCCCAAAAAAGAGCUGGACUCUCCCUCACCUGCUGGUUCUCUUGCACCCCCUGGAGGAGCGCUUCCUAACAACCCACCAAAUGGGCAUCCAUCCCUACAUCACACUGCCUCCUAUCUGGCUGGAGGAGCUGCUGCCAACCUGUGCCGUGACUCAGCAAGGGUUCCCAGAGAGAGCUGGGCCUUGAAGGACCCAAGUACUUGCCCAACCCAUGAGCCCAGGUCAGAUAGGAUAAAGCUGGAGUCGCCAACCUUGGAAUCGCCCACGGCAUCCCCAAGCAGCCCCUCCCAGUCUGGCUGUCAGCCUAAUUCCCCUACUGAAUCCAGCGGGUGUAACCAGGCACUCCAACAAGUGAUGCACAAUGGGACCAAAUACCUUCCUGAUCCAAAGGCAUGCAACUGGAAAAAGUACAAGUUCAUCGUUCUCAACUCCCUCUGUAGUGCUACUGUGAAGGAGGAGGAGUCAUCUGAGGGGAAGGGACUACAAAACUGUGGCCACUCUCCCAAUGAGACAGACAAGCUUGCUGCUACAUCAAAGCCUCCCCUGGAGGUGUGGCCAGUGGAUGGUCCUUGCCACAACAACAGGCCAGCACAGGGCUUUCACUGUGACAUCUCCAAAUACAGUCUGCUCCAAGGGGCUUUCCAUGGGCUGGUACCCCGCCCUACAGAUGAACUACCAAACCUCCCCACCCCCCUGCCCCAGGACAGCUCAGCCCCCUGUGGCUCUCUUUGUCAGCACCCUUGCUCCAAUGAACCACAGGCCACCCAUCACAGUGGACACCUGUUCUGCCUUGGUAACAGCCCAAACAGUCAUCCAAUCAAGAAUGAGAACUGCUGCUCAGAAUUUCAUGUCAGUGGAACCAUGGGAGGGGCCAAACCUCUCAGUACAGGAGACAAGCCAUAUCGCUGCGGUGUGUGUGGUGCACAGUUCAACCGCCCAGCUAACCUGAAGACACACUCCCGCAUCCACUCUGGAGAGAAGCCCUAUCGCUGUGACACCUGUGGAGCCAGAUUUGUCCAGGUAGCUCACCUGCGUGCCCACGUCCUUAUCCACACUGGGGAGAAGCCGUACCCCUGCCACACCUGUGGCACCCGCUUCCGUCACCUGCAAACCCUGAAAAGCCACUUGCGUAUUCACACUGGAGAGAAGCCCUACACCUGUGAGAAGUGUGACUUGCACUUCCGUCAUAAGAGCCAACUGCGUCUCCACCUGCGCCAGAAGCAUGGAGCUGUCACCAACACCAAAAUCCGCUACAAAGUCCUGGUUGACCCCUACCAGCCUGUCCUGCAGUCCUGCUGAAGAUGUCGCCUUGACCCCUCAUCUGCCCUUUUUUUGUGCGUGUUUUUAUUUCUUUGACUUUUUUUUACUCUCUUUUACUUUUGUCCCGCUGAAAGUAUCUGUAUUCAUGUGCAGCACUCCCUACUCUCUCUUUGGUUCCACAUGUGAACUAUAACUCCAUACAACUGAUGAGGAUUUAGCCAUUAACAAAAGGGCAGCAGUGUCAGAAGUGAGUGUUAACGAAGGCAUGUAAGCAGGUGCUUGUGAGGGCUCAGGUUACAGCUAUGACAUAGGUGUUGUGUCAGAAACUCAGUGGAACCUGCAUUGCAGCUGCACAUUUUAUGCAGUUGCUAUUGCAGCUAUUGGAGUAUAUUGUGUAAAAGAAGUGUUCUUUCUGAAUUCACGCAUUUGGAAAUUGAACUUGUGGCAGUGUAGAAUUUACAGAGGAUGUUUCUGUGAUGGAAAAGGCUGAAUUGUGCAGAGGAGCAGAUCAGUGCUGAGUUGUUUUAUUUUGUGUCGAAUACAGCAGACAUCAUGUAUUUUAGGUGCCCAAGGGAGUAGCAGGAAGGGAAAUGUAGUUUGAAUUGUUAAGCGGAUGUUCAGGACUGGCAGGGCCUCAGGGAAAGUGGCUAGAAUGUGCCAGUAUGAUUAGUCAUGGAAACAAAACAGAAUGGUAAAAAGUUAUGGUGAAUAUGGAAAAAGAAUGUCCUAGAAUGUUGAGGAAAAGAAACUGCUGGAGGAGGUAGAUGGGGUGGAGAGUCAGAGAUUGGAACGUUUGUAGACGAUAUUUUUAAAUUAGUGUGGAAUAGAGGGAUGGUGGUAACACAGCUGCACAGGACUAAGGACACUUCUGAAUGUUGCCCCCCACUUCUGUGUGUUGCUCCCCGCUUGUGUACGUUGCUCUGGACGAGAGCAUCUGCUAAAUGACUAUAAUGUAGUUUAAAAUGUAAACAGUCCUGUUCUGGAUGUAUCCUGUUGGUUUAUUCUUUGUUCAGUUGAAAGCCUUUAUCAUUUCCCCCUAUGCAGACAGCUUGCAUCAUUCAAAGCAGCACCAAAUGAGUGGAAUGACUCACUUAAAUGUUUUGCUUAUGAACUGUUGCAGCAAAUCAUCAAUUAGUUUGUGGGUGCUAUUUAUUAUAAAAACAUUUGUGGGUUGUGUGGGGUCUGGGAGAGGCACUGCCCAUGACCUGGGCUAUGAUAUUACUGAUGCAUUCCUCUUGUGCUCUUCUUUUAAAAAGACAGUAAAUACUAUACCCUGUUAAUAGUGGAUAAUCCUGACUGCAUUUUAAUGUCCAGGCAGAAAGUGCCAGUGACUUAUUUUUAUAUUGUUAAAGAAUAAUUGCUUUGAAAGCAGUAAAGAUACUUACACAAUAUAAUUGUAAAAAAUUGAGGAUGAUAAUAUAUGAAAAUGUAAGGAGCUCUUUUGCUGGACAAAGACAAGACUUGUUUCAUAUCUUUUUAAAUAAAUUAAUUUAAAAUGUUUCUUCCUUA